AGGUAUCACUGCCCAGUGCCUAAAAUUUUCUAUGUCCAGUUAACUGUUGGCAACAGUGAGUUUUUUGGUGAAGGGAAGACUCGUCAAGCUGCUAGACAUAAUGCUGCAAUGAAGGCGCUUCAAGCUCUCCAGAAUGAGCCUAUUCCAGAAAAAUUACCUCAGAAUGGAGAAACAGGAAAAGAAUCAGAAGAAGAUAAGGAUGCGAACAAGUCUGAGAUCAGUGUAGUGUUUGAAAUUGCUUUGAAGCGCAAUAUACCUGUCAGUUUUGAGGUGAUUAAAGAAAGUGGACCUCCUCACAUGAAGAGUUUUGUUACGCGAGUUACAGUAGGAGAAUUCACUGCAGAAGGAGAAGGCAACAGUAAGAAACUCUCAAAGAAACGUGCCGCAAUAGCUGUCCUACAAGAACUUAAGAAACUUCCUCCUCUUCCUGUGAUUGAAAAGCCAAAACUUUACUUUAAAAAGCGUCCAAAAACAAUAUUGAAGACUGGACCAGAAUAUGGUCAAGGAAUGAAUCCCAUCAGUCGUCUGGCUCAGAUCCAACAGGCCAAAAAGGAGAAGGAGCCAGAGUAUGUUCUUCUUUCAGAGAGAGGAAUGCCUCGCCGUCGAGAGUUUGUUAUGCAGGUAAAAGUAGGCAAUGAUAUUACUACUGGAACAGGCCCAAACAAGAAAAUAGCUAAAAGAAAUGCCGCAGAAGCAAUGUUGCUACAGCUGGGUUACAAAGCCUCUACUCCUCUUCAAGACCAGCCAGAGAAGCUUGGAGAAAACAAGAGUUGGAACGGCCAGAAUGUUGGGUUUCCUGAGCCAACAAGUAACACACCAAAGGGAAUACUCCAUCUCUCUCCUGAUGUUUAUCAAGAGAUGGAAGCAAGCCGCAACAAAUCAGCCCCUGGUACCACUGUAAGCUAUUUGUCAUCCAAAGAAAUGAGCCAGACUGCUAGCUCUUUCUUCAGCAUAUCUCCUACAACAAAUAGCACAGCUACGAUUGCCAGGGAACUUCUCAUGAAUGGAACAUCCCCAACUGCCGAAGCCAUAGGUCUAAAAGGAAUAUCUCCUGCUUCUCCCUGUUCUGCAGUGCAGCCUUCAAAACAGCUGGAGUAUUUGGCAAGGAUUCAAGGCUUUCAGGUACACUACAGUGAUAGACAAAAUGGCAAAGAGUGUAUGACCUGUUUGACACUGUCUCCUGUGCAGAUGACUUUCCAAGGUAUCGGAAGCUCCAUUGAAGCCAGCCAUGACCAGGCAGCGUUAAGUGCCUUGAAACAGUUUUCAGAACAAGGACUGGAUCCAGUGGAAGGGGCUAUGAAAGUUGAAAACGGAUCACAUGAAAAACAAGUCAAGCAUCUGGGAGAGAAAGCAGACAAUAAACAGACUAACUCAGGCACCAUUGCUCAGGACUGCAAGGAUUCAAAGGCUGUCGUCUAGGAGCUUCCCAGCACCCACGGCUGCCACUGCAUCCUUAUAAACCUGUCAACACGCAAUAGGGUGUAUGUGUACAAGGAAAUGAAUGACUAAUACCAUUAUUUGAGUCUUAUGUGAAGACAACGCUAUUCUAACACAAGAGAUAGUAUACAUGGUACUGUUUAUUCAACUGUGGAAGAAAAUAAAAUUGAACAUUUCCCGUAGAACUCGAGAUCAGAGCAUAACUCAAUUGCCCAGAGGCAGAAGAAGUCUGAUAGUGUUACUGGAGGUCAAAAUAACAACUAAUUAACAAAAAGUGUUAGAGAAAAAAGGGAAACUUUAAAAUUGAUUAGUAUUGAGCAAAACAAGUCAGCAUUGGUUCAGUUAUACAAUUUUUUCGUAGUGUAGUUUUAAGUUCAGCUUACUGUUUUUUAAAUAAUGCUUGUAUAUUUUAAAAUUAACCAAUGACAGUGCUGUGAGAAUUGUAGUUGUUGUCUUCAUAUACAGUCAUACAGCUUACCUUUUUAUGCAGCCAUGCAUUCUUCAUUCUAUAUGAAUAUGUAUGACUUUAAGAUGCACUACUCAGAGUUGUAUGCAAACAGAAGUUUAAAUCAUGACAAGAAUUUGCUUAACAUGAACAGAUGUUAGUUAUGAUCAAUCUUUAUAUACUCCAGGAAAAAAGCAGAUACGGUAUUUGAUUUUCCUUGCCAUAAUCAAUUAAAGAGGCGUCUUGCCUCCAAGCAACAUUUUCCCCUUCAGUUCUGCUCUCCGUUGUGUGAAGCACAUCUACACCCCAUUCUGUGUGUUGUAUCAACCCACCGUUUGCAUCAACUGAGUGUUUUUAAUCUCUGCAUUUGGACCAAGAGCAAAAGGUAGGACUGCAAUGUUACCAAGAAAAGGAUGGAAAGCUGUUGAUGUAAAGAUCAUUCUUUUAUGAAAGGAGUGGCAGCAGAGAUGAGACCUGUGUCUACUCUGUACCAGCAUAUUUCUUUUAAGUGUGUGGUCAAAUGCAGUAAAACCACAUCAGUUCAUGUGUA